UUCUAAAUUCUCUCUAAGCGAUGACGAACAGAUGGCUAAAGCGUUACAAGAACAAGAAUAUAAUGCGAAUGAUGUUGCGUUAACGGACGAUAUUGACCAACUUACCUAUCAGUUCCAAGACAUAGGAGUGAACGGUUCGACAUCCCAACAUCAGCAAGAUCAUGCUUGCAGUUCCUCAAAUGCUUCAUCUCACAGUAUUCAUGCUCUUCCUUCUGAUGGUGACAUCGAUACUGAUUCCAUGAGCUAUGAGGAACUGAACCAAUUAGGAGAGUCGAUUGGAUCGGUCAACAAAGGAUUAUCGGAGAGGAGGAUUGGCCAAUUAUUAGCACCUAAAAUCAGCAAAUCCAGAAUGAAAACUCUUGUAUCCGAAAAAACUGAGUGUCCAAUAUGUUUUAUCGGAUUCAAGGAAAAAGAUACGCUAUCGACUUUGCCAUGUGAUCAUAUUUAUCAUAAGGAAUGCAUUACACUUUGGUUACAGGAUAACAAGAGUUGCUGUGUUUGCACAAGGGAGUUUAACUAGACGAUAAUGCUAAUGCGUUGAUUAAAUAAAAGUUUUUCGAAUUUGAUAUGUAACUCUCUAAUAAAACAUAAGUUAUAUGAUUUCAAGAAAUAAAAUUUCUA